AUGUCAUCAGCGACAGAGGUCGGGAAAGAUUCAGACCCCGACACACGGGAACUGAAUGCUCCUACGGACGAGGAGUAUGCCUCCUCGACUAACGAUGGAAUUCAGCAGUUCGCUUAUUCCGACUCACGGAAAAUCGGUGUUACCGGUGCUGUGUUUCUGAUUUUGAAUAAGAUGAUCGGAACCGGAAUUUUCUCUACCCCCUCGGCCAUCUUUGCCGCAACUGGAUCGGUUGGCAUAUCGAUAAUAUUAUGGAUUGUUGGUGGUAUUUUGACAUUCUGCGGUCUGAGCGUAUUCCUUGAGUUUGGUUUAGCUAUUCCGCUCUCCGGUGGCGAGAAGAAUUAUCUCGAACGUGUCUACCGCCACCCGCGUUACCUAGCUUCAUGUGUUUUGGCAUCACAGAUGAUCCUUCUAGGAUUCUCAUCCGGAAACUCUCUCGCGUUCGGCCGGUAUGUCUUAGCUGCUGCCGGAAGCACAGAAGGAGAUGGUUGGACGGCCCGUGGCAUCGCUAUCGCGUGUAUUACUUUCGCCGUCGCGCUCCAUUCGAUUUUUCCUAAAUGGGGGUUGAGGCUUGUGAAUCUCUUAGGAAUAUUCAAAGUGGUCAUCGUGAUCUUCAUCGUAUUUUCGGGCUUCGCCGCUAUCUCUGGUCGACUUCUCAUCCCGCCGCCCGGUAACUUCAAAAACGCGUUCGCCAUCGAGGUGACAGAGAAUUAUGGUGGCCGGGGCGCAUACGGGUACGCGACAGCGCUAUUGCAGAUCAUCUACAGUUACAAGGGCUGGGAGAACGCCAACUACGUGCUUGGAGAACUGAAGAAUCCUCGCAAGACCCUCGCGAUUGCAGCACCCAUAGCUAUCGGCGGUGUUACCAUCUUGUAUGUUCUGGCCAACGUAGCCUACUUCGCAGCAAUAACGAAGGACGACCUCGCUACAUCUGAAGUGUUAGUAGCUGGGUUAUUCUUUCGCAACGUUUUCGGUGAUAGUGCUGCCGCACGGGCUCUCCCUGCUUUUGUUGCACUGAGCAAUCUGGGUAACGUGCUGGCCGUGAGUUUUGCACACGCUCGACUCAACCAAGAAUUCGGAAAAGAAGCGCUUCUACCGUAUGGAAAGUUUUGGGCAUCUAUCAAGCCUUUUGACGCGCCAGCUGCUGCUCUUUUCCUCCAUUGGCUUAUCACAGUGAUCAUCCUCGUCGCUCCUCCCGCAGGCCCCGCCUACAACUUCGUCGUCAACUUAUAUACCUACCCUGGUGCUUGGAUCAAUGGUUUUGUCACUGCCGGCCUCAUCUAUCUCCACUACAAGAAGUCGGAGAAUUGGACAUCGCCUUGGCAUACAUAUUUACCGAUUAGCGUCAUCUAUCUCUUAGCCAAUAUCUUCCUCGCUAUUGUCCCCUUCGUCCCGCCGUCUGGAGACUGGAAUGCCGACGGCUAUCCCUAUUUUAUAUUCCCCGUUGUCGGAGUUGGCGUUUUACUUCUAGGUGGAGUAUACUGGGUAUGUUGGUCUAAGAUCUGGCCGGCGAUCGGUGGGUAUAGGAUCGAAGUUCAUAGAAUUGUCGAAGACGACGGCAAGGAGGUGGUGCGGUAUCGGAAGAUCAAGACGAAGUAG